AUGAGGCCUUCUUACUUCUGUGACUCGCUUGAGCGUAAGCUUUGCUCCCGAUUCGAGCAGGAUUUAGCAAUACACGAAAACGAGGCGAUAGACUGGAGAGGAGAUCUCAUUAAUGCCGGAAAUGCACUUCGUCCUGAACUUCAUGACGUUCUUGCUAAGAAUUCGGCUGACCGUAUGGCUCUUGAUGGUAGCACCGCCGAGAUUGCGGCCAAUUCGCCUAGAUACCGUAGACGUUCGUCAACUUUUAUAGAUGGUGUUCACGAUGUUCCAAAUGAAAACAGCUCUCCAAUGGCUCCGGCCCAACUGUACAGUACCAUGUCAGGGCGACUUUUCCAUUCGGGGAGAAUAGCCAUUGUGCUUGUCGGUUUACCCGCUCGUGGAAAAACACAUGUUUCAGUUUCCUUGUGUCGAUACCUCCAAUGGCUCGGUGUUAAGACAAGAGUGUUCCAUCUUGGUGAUUACCGAAGAGCAACUAUGGGCCCCGGCGUAGAUGUUCCAGACGACUACUUUUUCAUCAACGCUUCUGCCGCCUCGGUUAUGAUUCGUCAAAAGAUCCUUAAGAAGUGUAGAGAAGAUAUUUACGCCUGGCUCAACCAUGAGAACGGACAAGUGGCAAUCUACGACGCGGUCAAUCCGUUAGUAAAUGGUCGGCGGUCACUUGCAAAAGAAUUCGCGAAACAUGAUGUCCAAACCCUGUUCCUGGAGUCGUAUGUGACUGACGAGAGGAUAUUGCAAGAGAAUGCAAGAUCCGUUAAAAUAUCCUCACCGGACUUCGUCGGUAUGGAUCCUGAUGAAGCCGCGCAACUUUACCUAAAGAGGAUUGAUAUGAAAAUUCCAUACUUUGAGACUAUGAGUGAACCGGACCUCAACUAUGUCAAAAUGAUAAACGCUGGAGAGAGAAUUCAAUAUAACAAUGUAAGCUUCGGCUACUUGUCACACCGUAUUGUGUUCUACUUGAUGAAUUUACACAUCAAGUCUCGACAUACCUUCUUCGCUAGAGCGGGUACAUCGAGCCAACAAGAUUCGUACAAACUAGACGCACACCUCUCCUCAGAGGGUGCAGACUAUGCAAAGAAAAUGUCAGAUACACUUCUUGCGCAUCGUGAAGCUGAAAGAGAGGCUCUGAUUGCAGAAGGCGGUUCUGAUGCUCCUCUUAAGCCGUUGACUGUCUGGACUUCCACGAGAAAGCGCACAGUGGAAACCGCAGAAUGUCUAGAAGAGCUCGGAUUCAAGGUUCGGCAGAGAUCCCAAAUGAGCCAACUUAAUCCAGGAGUCUGCGAGAAGCUUUCUGAGAGUGCAAUCCGACGCCUCUUCCCUGACGAAGUUAGCUUGCAUGAGAAGGAUCCAUACCACCACAGAUAUCCAAGAGCUGAGUCAUACCAUGAUCUUGCUGUCCGUUUGGAGCCGAUAAUUCUAGAACUCGAGCGUGAACAAAACGAUCUUCUCAUUAUUGCGCAUGAAUCAGUGCUUCGAGUUCUUUAUGGAUAUCUCAUGGCUUGUGACGCCAUGAGUAUUCCGACUCUCAAGUUUCCUCGAAAUGAAAUCAUCGAAAUCAUUCCUGCUUCUUACCAAAACGAAGCAAAGCGUAUAAUAAUACCGGGUGUCGCGGACAAGAUUAUUCCAGGAUCACCAGAGGAUAUUAGAAUCCCAGUACCCCCGAGUGGCUUCGUGAGCCCUCUGUCAGGUAUGGGUACACCUGCGAUGCAUUCCGGCAUUGGAACGCCGGCCGAGCCUGUGAAUUCCUCGCUCUUGAUGAACGCAACUAGCGCAACAGGUCUAGUUGGAACGUAUUCUGAGAAACCAAAGGUUUCAUCGCCGCCACGAAAGCCGGAGAAUCCGCUUUCCAGGGACUAG